AUGAACUCAACACAUAUGGACAGCAAAGACGAGACUGAACAGAUUCCGCUGGUGGCCGGCGACGACUGCAGCGCCCAGCCAAGAAGCAAUUGUGUCGGGAAUCGGAAACACGGACACCUUCGGCAAAUAUUGCUCUGGCUGUUGGCGGUGGAGUUUGCAAACCUCUGCCUGUAUUUGGCGGUACCUCGCCUCCUGGACGUCGUCAAGAGCGCAGGCUUGCACCCCCUAGAUGACUGUGGGCCGCCUACACUCCCCAACACACUCUAUUUCAACCUCCACGAUUUCAGCGAAACUUGGGUGUACGUUAAUGAUGAGACGUAUGACCCCGGGUUGAUUUCCCAGCAAGAUCCAUGGGAUGAAAUCUACUUGCGAGCGAAGCCAGCGAAGCUCACCAACGCAGAAUACGGCAUCGUAUCGAUUAGCGACGAGUGGGCCGUAGCUCACGGCUUCCGCCCCUCCGCACCCACUCCGGGGGUGACGGGGGAGAUGGUUUAUCAGGUGGACGUUUUCCAUAACCUGCACUGUUUGACACGUCUACGAGAGCGAUUUCUUGCCAACGACACGAGCUCAUCGGACAUGCACUCCCUCCAUUGCUUCAAUCGACUGCGGCAGUCGCUAAUGUGCAACGCUGAUCUCAUGCUCGGUGUCACGGAAGACUACGAGGACUACGGCAUUCUCGAGACACAUACCUGUAAAAGCUUUGACGCGGUGGUCAGCUGGACAGAGAGAAAUAGUUGGAAAGGCUUUCUCCAAUGGACGUACGAGAAUAAUCGUCCAGGCCAUGAGGGCAGACAUGCAGGGAAGAUGGCGAGGCAAGACAAUGGAAAGUCGGGAGGUUGA